AUGGCCACCGACGAGGAGAUCAAGGCUCACGUGGAGCAAUGCUGGGCUCGCAUCAAGCCCAUCAGCGCCAUCUACGAGUUUCUGCUUGCAGAUAUCCAGAUUGUCCACGCAUCCAAAGGCGUCGUUCGCGCACGCCUUCCCCUAUCGAAGAACCAUGUCAAUUCCAAGGCCAUUAUGCAUGGAAGCGUCUCUGCCACCUUGAUCGACUGGGCUGGCGGCCUGGCCAUUUCCUCGUGGGACUUGCGAGACAAGAACGGUGUGUCCACCGACAUACACGUCACCUACGUCUCGUCCGCGAAGGAGGGCGACACGAUCGAGGUCGAAGGUAGGGCGAACAAGGUGGGCGGAACGCUUGCUUUUACAAGCGUGACCAUCAGUAAAGUCGUCGACGGCAAUGCCGGGCCCGUCAUCGCCACGGGCAGCCACACGAAGUUUGUCAAGAUGUGA